AUGUCACCUCCUCAGCCUGGUGUCCAUGUCGCUGUGACAGUUCGCAAAACCAACAGCGCAUCUACAUUGUGCCAGAGGUUAGCAGGUAGCUUAGUGGUUAAUAGCGUUGUGCCAGUAACCGAAAGGUCGCUGGUUCUAAUCCCUGAGCCGACUAGGUGACAAAUCUGUCGAUGUUGCCCUUGAGCAAGGCACUUAACCCUAAUUGCUCCUGUAAGUCGCUCUGGAUAAGAGCGUCUGCUAAAUGACUAAAAUGUUAACCACAUGUGGACCUCUUUACACGGAUUCUGGCUACAAAUUGGUGACGGUCCACUGAUCGUAUCUGGAGACGCACGGUGUGAUUCGCCAGGCCAUGGUGCCUCCUUUGACACUUACACCGACCUGGACUCUGCUUCCCACCUGAUCCUCGCCCAGGAGACUGGGCAUGUGACCGAAGUGAAGAACAGCUACUGGUUGGAGACGGAGGGAUUAGAGAGACGCCUGCAACACGUUGAGGUAAGCUAUAGCCUAACCUAUAUUUUCUAGCUCGCCUAAGGGUUGUAAGUGGAUGUAUGAAGAGGACAUGGUUACCUUUUUAGGAUAAUAAUAUAAUCAUUAUUACUAACAGGACCAUGGAUGCAGUAUUGAAACCCUGGCCACUGACAGGCAUCCAAGUGUGAGGCUGUACUUUAGGGACUCACAUGCUGAUAUCUGGCAUGAGAAUGACCUGUGGCACAUUGCCAAAGGUGUGAGGAAACAGCUGGUGGCCAUCGGGAAGCCAGUGGUACUGUCAUACAUGUCAUAUAUAUUAUAGUAAAAUCACAACUAUGAUUUGUGUAACUUCUAUCUGGCUCUAAGGACCAUCCCAGCGGACUCCGCUGAGCGCCGAAAGAGAGACAGUGGCAGUCACUUUGGGGGAACGGGCUGGUGUUCCGAAAAUGGAGAAAGAGCAGGCCAUUCAACAGCGAAUUCAAAGAUACACACGUCCAUAA